UCCUCUGGUUUUUUCUUCUCAUGUUGCUUUAUUCCAUAUUUUGCUCAUGUGCUGCAGUGCUCGCUUUUGUCUUUCCUCUGAUGUUCAUCGUCUCAAGGCUACUGGCCUAGAAGUAGUCAUAUGCAAGUUCUGGUUAUCGCCCCUAUCCUCUUUCCUGCAGAGUGUGCUGCUUAUUCUCUCAAUUCCUCUGAAGUCUGUACUUCCUGCUCAAUUUGGAAUGCAUGAUCAGAGAGAUAUGGCGAGGGAGGUGGAGAGGAAGUUGUUGGUGAUCUUGAAGAAUGGCAAGACGCCGAGCGAUGCGCCGCUGCACCAACUGCCCAAGACGCUGAGCGGCGCGCAGCUGCUGCCGCUGCCCAAGAAGAUGACAAGCACAAAUGAUGGUUUGAUCUGUGUGCAGUUGCUUUAUUUAUUUCUUAAUCAGUGGAGAUCAUUUUUAUUAAUUAUUUUGACACGACCUCUAUGCUUUCUGUCAAGAGAUUGUUUUUGUACUUGCUUAUUUAUUGUUAUCUACCAUUUUUAAAUCUUCUGCAGCAUAGCAUGUGCAGUACUAUACUCCUAUUAUGCAAAGACUUCGGGAGGAUUAGCAGUUUCAAAUUCUACUAUCGAGUUGUUUGCUCUUUUUGAAUUACAAAUGCCUACCCAAGGU